CUUCCUGAGCCUAAACUCCUCAACCUCCUGGCUGGCAGUCACAACAAACCCGAUGGACAAAACCGAGCCUGGAAGUUUCAACAGCAGGACCCUGGUGCCAAACUUGAUGAUCGUGGUCUCAGGACUGGUUGGGAUGACAGGAAACGCCAUGGUGUUCUGGCUCCUGGGCUUCCGCUUGCACAGGAACGCCUUCUCCGUCUACAUCCUAAACCUGGCCGUGGCUGACUUCCUCUUCCUCCUGUGUCACAUCAUAGACUCCUUGCUGCUUCUCCUCAAGUUCUCCUACCCCAACAUCAUCUUCCUCCCGUGCUUUAACACCGUCAUGAUGGUCCCCUACGUCGCAGGCCUGAGCAUGCUCAGCGCCAUCAGCAUCGAGCGCUGCCUGUCUGUCCUCUGCCCGGUCUGGUAUCGCUGCCGCCGCCCAAAGCACACGUCAAGCGCCGUGUGUGCUGCGAUCUGGGCCCUGUCCAUACUGAUCAGCAUUCUGAACCGGUAUUUCUGUGGCUUCUUAGACACCAGAUACGAAAAUGACAGCCGGUGCCUGGCGUCGAACUUCUUCACGGCCGCGUGCCUGAUCGUUUUGUUUGUGGUCCUCUGUCUGUCCAGCCUAGCCCUGGUGGCUCGGCUGUUCUGUGGCGCCGGACGGAUGAAGCUCACCAGGCUGUAUGCCACCAUCAUGCUCACGGUGCUGGUUUUUCUCCUCUGCGGCUUGCCCUUUGGCAUCCACUGGUUCCUGUUAAUCUGGAUUAAAAUUGACUACGGUGUGGUUGCUUAUGGUCUUUAUCUGGCAUCACUCGUCCUGACUGCCGUUAACAGCUGUGCCAACCCCAUCAUUUACUUCUUCGUGGGCUCCUUCAGACACCAGCUGAAGCACCAGACCCUCAAAAUGGUUCUCCAGAGGGCUCUGCAGGAUGCUCCCGAGACGGGUGAAAACGGAAGCAGCGUCCCUCAGGACACGGUGGAGAUGUCAAGCAGCAGAGUGGAGCAAUGAUGACAGCCUCUGCCCGGACCUCGGAGCUCAGAGGUGGCUUCGGAGUGGCCACUGCUCCGCUGUGCUUGACAGCUGUCUGUGCGCUCAACUCAGCCUGGCAUGCCUCAGUGUGCUGGCCAGCGUCUUCAGCAGGUCACCAUUGACUUAGCCUUUCUACUGUUCCUGAGUGAAAUAAUUUAUCUGGAAGUGUCGUGCCUUCAUCCUUGUUGGCAUUAAUAAAAUUCUCAAGCUGAAGCUUUCUUGAUGUUCCUUUGCAACUUGUGUUGCCAUGGAAAUGGAGGCUGUCCAAAGCCACGGCUCUCCUGUUCGUGGUUGUUCUAUAUACCGGGAAGUAAAGACAAGGGAGCCCCCUGGUUUCCUGGGAACCAUCCUCAUGAGGCAACACCUUCCGCAACAGCAAAAAUGCCUUACACCUAUGCGACCACAAUGCUCACUGGGCUCACAAUAGUCCUCAGUCAUAAGACUCGUGCGCCAUUUACAAAGACAGAUGCUACGGCCCCGAUGCCUUAGUGUACGUUGCACACUCUCUCAACCCUGUGAUCCAGCAGAAGAGUCCCUUGUCUCCAGCCUGCUGGCCACAACAGUCAGAACUCUUGAAAUAACUGGGAGUGUGUAUGCUAUGAGUUCCAGAUCAGGAAGAGCAGCUGGCUAUAUUCUCAAGCUGCUUCCAUGACCACCUUAGCUCUCCUGUCCACCCAUGGAAACACAGGAAGGUAAUGGAGUCAGGAAAUGUCACUCAUCUGAUCUUACUCCAUAAGAAAUGUGGGACCUGUUUUCUGAACGAGGCUGUGGGAUUUGACUUUACUGUAAUCGUGCCCUUGAAUAUAAGACCACACUGAUUAAGAAAGACCCAGAAAUGUAUCUUCCCUACCAUGGCUGCAAUCAAAACGAGCACAUACUCCUUGUCCAUGUCUGAUGGCUACCCGGAAUUUGUGGCAUGUCCUUUCUGAAUGUGGAGACGGUGCUUGUCAGGCAUCAAUAUUACCAUGACACCGUUGGCCAUAAAAAUAGAUGUGAUUUUGUCUCUAGCCUCAGUUCCUGCUCCCAGCAGUAUAGAAGAGGUCUCCUUACACAGAUCUAUCAUAUGGAUGCAACCGACUGAAUCCAUAUCCAUACAGAUAUGUCAAAAGAGGAGAAUAUCUCGCUUGUAACUGUGCGACUGAGGCGGGCAAUUUGGAGAUGUCCUGGGAUGCUUGAAAUCUAAACUGAUGAGUCUACAAUUUUAGCCACCACAGGUUAAGAACAGAGUGAGAAAAUAGAGUCUAGACACAAUAAAAUGGGAGAGGAGGGAAUUCAUUAUGGCGUUAAUAAUGAUAACAACAACAAUAACCUUAAGAUUCUUCAAGGAAUGGUUAUGUAGAUACACACACACACACACACACACAGAGAGAGAGAGAGAGAGAGAGAGAGAGAGAGAGAGAGAGACACACACACACACACACACACACACACAUACACAGAGAGAGAGAGAGAGAGCCUUUACUAUCCUGGGCUUCUGUCAGUUAUUUGAUCUUAGCUACAACAAGGAUCAUAACCUGGAGUGCUGUCAGCUCUGAGCAAUGUCCGUGAUGGCCCUGAACAGACAGGUAUUGGCAUAGACUUGCAAAAGCAGCCAGAGUCAACUCCAAAAUAAUACCGAAUCAGACAGAGCCCUCAGGCCUGCUCUAGCAAAAAGGCAGCAUCCUUUUGUCCCAACUCUCCUCCCAAGGAUCUCUCCACCCCUGCUGGUUCACAGGCUGUGGAUUUAAAGGAAGAGAUGAAAAUAGAAUAGGGGGCAUUUAGGAAAUAUAAGGAACAAGCAGAAUGUACCCACUUGCCCAGUACCAUCUCUGUUGAGAGUAGAGAAAAGAGCUCUGGCCUCAGAAUAAAUUUAUAGUUUCAUUCCCUGAGUAACCCUUAACUCUAAAUGGCUUCAAUAUGGAUAAUGGCUUAGGAGUUGAAGAUGACUUCACAGAAACCUCCUACUUGAGAAGAAGUCUCCUGAAAAUCUUUGGACAUGAAAGAUGGAGAGUUUUCCUUUUUCCUUUGGCAGAGAACUCUACCACUGAGCUACAUCCCCAGCCUUAACUACCUGGACAUGCAGGCUGGACUCUUUGUAAACCCCCUGCUACACGCAUGACAGAGCAGAGCAGAUGGGCUCCAGGCGCUCUGAAGAGGACUGUGGGAGAAAGGGACGUGGUUUGGCAACACGUGCUCUCUCUAUACAUUUCGUUUACUCCUUUCCAAAAGCCGUUGGAAGAAAAGACAAAAUUUAAAUGUUGCUUAAUCACCAUAAAUGCUUGUGACUUUUCUUCCUGCCUAGCAAUCUGGGUUAUACACAUCUCUCCAGAACACCAAUGUCCUCAUUAGUGGUGACUGAUAUUCAUGUAGGUAGUCUAGUCACAGACGGCCCUGUCAGUUGUUUUAUUAUAUUGUAUUCUGGUUUACUUGUAGGGGUGUGUGUGUGUGUGUGCGCGCGCGCGCGCAUGCACGUGCGUACGAGUGGUGCUUUUCAC